AUGGCGCUAUACGGGACCUCCGACGCUCUGAUGUGCAGAGCGUUCCCCACCACGCUGAGAGGCUCGGCCUGUGCGUGGUACAACGGCCUGAAAACUGGAGCGAUUGCUUCCUUCGACCAGCUCAUCAAGGACUUUGAGCUCCACUUCGUGGCCUAUUCCCGGGCGAAGCCUUCCGUGGCGCUCCUCGGACUCAAUCAGAGGGAGGACGAGCCCCUCUCCAGUUUUGUAAACCGUUUCGUAGCGCAGAUCCGGGGACUUCCGGACGCUCACCCCUCCCUGUUGAUGCAGGCGUUUAUGAUGGGCUUGCAUCCUUCUAGGUUCUUCUGGUCCCUCGUGGAGCGACCCCCCACCACGGUGCCCGAGAUGCUCCACCGCGCGAACCAGUUCGUCGCGGCCGAGACCUGGAUCGUCGGAAAGCGGGAAGAACACAAGAGGGGAAGGCCGGAGCAGGCUCGGGGACAACAACCUCCCACGCCAAGGCGCAGGCUGGACCGACCUGACCCUCCAACGUUAAGGCCUCCCGUACCCUCUUUGGCUGCAUCCCGAACGAAGAUAUUUCUCCAAAUAAGGGAAAAAGGGCUGCUCAAGGCUCCCGUCCCGAUGAAAAGCCCACGGGAGUUAGCUGACCGGUCCAAGUAUUGUCGCUUCCACCGGCAAAUCGGACACAAUACUGAAGAAUGCCGCGAGCUGAAGCGACAGAUUGAGAAGCUAGUCCGCAGAGGACACCUCAGUCGGUACGUCCAACAGGGUAGGGAAUCAUCGUCCCAUCCCGAGGGUCCCGUUGAGCGCCACAUCGAUGUCAUCACAGGCGGCCCAGCGUCCGGUGGGAUCAGCAUGUCCGGAAGGAAGGCAUAUGCCCGCUCAGCUAGGGAUGACACUCCCCGACGCGGCCCCGACCCUCAGGUCGCGUUUUCCCCCGAGGUUGCUGAGCGAUCGGAGCACGAUGAUGCGCUCGUAAUAAUGGCUCGAAUCGCCAAUGCCCAGGUGAGGAGAAUCAUGAUUGAUACGGGAAGCUCGACUGACGUGCUGUAUUUUGACGCUUUCCAGAAGCUGGGGCUAGCCAAGGUGGCCUUGGAACCUAUCUGCUCAGUGCUCACUGGGUUCACUGACGACUCAAUCUCACCCUUGGGAGUCGUCACUUUGCCCCUAACUCUAGGAGCACCGCCCAGAACAAAGACGAUGAUGUCCACCUUCCUAGUGGUGGAUCUCCCUAUGGCAUACAACGCCAUCCUUGGUCGCCCCACCCACCACAAAAUCAGGGUCGUAGUAUCCACCUACCACCAGACGGUGAAGUUCCUGACCCAUGCGGGAACUGGGGAAGUUUGGGGAAGCCCUCGAGAGUCCAGACAAUGCUACCUGAUGGCGAUUUCACUACACAAAAGGGCGAAGAUCGACCAACCCCCGGAGGACCCAAGAAAAAAAAAGGCGGCCGGACCCACAUCCCGAGCCGGCAGCCCCCACCUGUGA